CAGAUUUGAUCUGUGUCGGGUUCAGUCAGAAGGGCCAAUAAAAGUGCCCGCUCCUCUUUCAACCCCAGACACUCAAUCAGUGGCAUGCCAGGGUUUAAAAAUAGCCCAGAAACGGUAUAUAGGGGUCUAGACAACGACCUUGGUCUUCAGACGGCUUCAGUGGAUGUACAGAGCGCACACUGACCAGCAACAGAACUAAAGGAGUUGGAUAUCAGGAGGGAAAAGCAGAAAAAAAGGCUUCUGCAGUUCAUUCAAUAGGAUACAAAGCUGACUACAAAAACGGCAAGGAUACUUCCGCCGGGUACAAAGGACCUCCCGACGAGGAAGUACCACCAACGUCCGUCUUUAUCUCAAACCAUGGGGAUUAAGAGUUGUUCCAAGGAGUGUGCGGUACCAAAGACCAGCCCGGCGGAGGAGUCCCUCAAAUCCGCCCCCCGCAAUGUGCACUUCCCCAACGACGUGGUGUUCCAGGACUGUGUGAGGCACGGGGAGCUGGAGAGAAUCGGCCCCUUCAUCCGAGGCAGGAGGGUCAGCCUGGACACCAUCUACCACUCUGGCAUGGCCGCCAUCCAUGAGGCAGUGCUGUCCGGUAACCUGGACUGUGUGAUGCUUCUGAUGAAGCACGGAGCAGACCUUCAUCACAGGGACGAGGAGGGUUGGACCCCGCUCCACAUGGCCUGCAGCGACGGCUUCCCUGAAAUCGCCCGGUAUCUCCUCUCGCUGGGUGCUGACCGGGAGAUUCUGAACGAAAGUGGAGAGAAACCGGCGGACCUUAUCGACGCAGCAAACAAGGAGUUGCUGGAGCUGUUUGGGUUGGUAGCGGGGGACUAAACCCCUGCUUUCAUAUGUACACCCAAGUCCUCGAAUCAAGAGAAGACUGCUUCUAUGUUCUGUUGACAGCCCUGCUUCAAUAGACAGAGGUGGUGGGGCCCGGAGUGCCUUCAUGCCUGCUGCUUCAGGCCUUCAGCCCUGAUGGGCGUAGAUUCAGCGAUGUCAUCGUAUGAAAAUAAAACCAGCAUGACUUGGAACCCUAAGUGGUGGGAACUUUUGCUGGUACAAACAUCAACCAUUACCAGGUCCAUCUAGUUACGUCUAUUUGACAGAUUUUUAACGUUUGAAACAGGAGAAGCCCCUUUUAGCUGGACUGCGUGUAAUGACACGACACCUUUUGAACACUAAGGCUAGCAGAGGAAUGGAAUGCAAGGUCCUAUUACAGCAAAGCAUGUUACUGGUUUCGAUGUAAUGAAUAAGUAUCCUAAUCCUCAAAACCUGCAGAGUGCUCUUGGUAAAAGGCGAUGUUUAGCUGUUCUUAUUCACAAAGCUUUGUUUACUGAAUUUUUUUUAAACUUUUUUUAAUAAAGUUGCCUGAAAACAAGUGAA